AAUGAAGUUCCCAAAAUGUCAACACAGAGAAUGCUGUGAGGUUUCUGUAUGCUACUUACUGGAGAAUGAAUUGUACCUUUGACAACAUCACCGCCUUACUCAAUAUCCUGAAGACGAUUCAGUUCUUCUUGUUGAUGACUCUACUGUUGAAAUGAACCUAAAAACGAUUGAAACCUGCAGAAAAGAUUUUCUUGCUUUUACUCAAAUGCUGAAUAAAGGAAGCAUCCCUCCAGGUGAAGCUGCUCUUAUUACAAAUGUGGAACAAGAGCUCAUCCAUGUCUUUGAUGAAUUAAGGAAAGUCCAAGAUGCCCACAAGUACUACGAGUUUGGACAUCUAUCUCAAAUGGCUAUGGAUAUUAAAGACGUCCUGGAAAAAGAUCCUCUUUAUGCUAAAUUUUUGAUUGCCAGAGCUUGGAACCAAUCACUUGCAAUUGUCAAGGGUGAAUCUUUGAAGAGUUCUGAGCUUGUUGAAAUGGAACUAAAACUCAAGUACAAUGCUACAUUUGACAAGAUAUCCAAGAAGUCCAGACAAUUAAGACGUGAGUUCAAGCAAAGAUAUCAACAAGAAAUUGAAGAUUUGAAAUCGAAGCUGACAUUGGAGAGGUCAACAGUCGAAAGACUGAAUAAGGAACUAGAAGACCAAAGUGAAAGACACACCGAAGAACUUAAGGCUCCUGAGCAGGAGAAGGAGAACCUUAAGAUUAACUAUGACAACAUUAGACUGGGACUAAUCUCCAAUCUAAACCUCUCCGAGCGCUCUGACCUCAGCCUCCUCUACAAAAUUAUCACUGGGGAAGACAAACAGAUCAGAUCUAAAACUAUACUGCCACUUAACCUUGAUAAUCCCAAGCAUAUGGAAUUUCUAAGAUUCCUGAACAAGAGAAUGUCAAGCAUUCACACACUUAAUCUUCGAUACAUCCCUCUGAACUGCCGAGAAGUCAAGACUUUCCUUUCCACCCAUUUCCCCAACAAAGUGAGUGUGCUCAAUUUUAACUGUUUGUCCUCUCUUAGUAGUUGUGUUCCCUUUUACUUGGAGGAACUGGUGGAAGUGAGUAAGAGAGUCACUGGAUGGUUGUUUAUUUAUAAAUUUGAAGUCUCUCAGGACCAACUCGUCUCCCUCUUCUCUGCUAACAGACAUAAAAUAUGGUUCGGGUUCACCGACUGCAAACUCUCCCUGUCUUCUGUGCCUGAUUUCGAAGGAACCCUCGCUGGAAGUACGAUGAAAGGAUUAAGUUUGACAAGCUGAGGAAGGUCUUCGUAUGGUGACUGGGGCAACAAUGAGUGACAUUUUGAAAACCUCAUUGCUGGGCUUUCGAAAGAGGAGGAUUUUAGGAAGAAUCUGAAGAGGAUUAGAAUGGACUGGUGUGGAAUGGAGGAGAAUGAUGUGGAGAAGAUUUUGGUUGAUCAUGGAUUUGGACAUGUCAAAAUUACUUUUUACUCGAAGUAA